AUGGAAGGUUUAAUAGCAAGACCGAGAAGACCUUUAAGUGAACUGAUAAGCAGUGAUCAGGGCGAACUAUCUAAGCUGCUUGAUAAGUUUGAUAUGUUUAGAGAAAUAGUAUCCAGAAAUUCAGCUGAUUCUAUGAAAUUUGCUUAUCUAGAACAUUUAUUGAGAAUCUCAACACCGUUAGAAGAUUCAAGAUCAGCUAUUAGAGCUAUGCUAAAAAAUCAGCAAUCCAAAAUAUUACCUUUAUUAGAAAAGCGUAAUGAAAACCUGCAAGAUUCUCUACAUAAUCUGGAAGAAAUAAUUACAAGCCAAGAUAUAAAUACAAUCCGGCCAGUAAUUAAGUCCACGAAUUACAGAUGAGACGGGAAAAAAUUGCUAAAAGACGAAUCAGACUAUCAAACAGAGGGGCGAGUUCCUUUAUGUUUUACAUUGGCUAUCAGCCAAAAUUAUUAUAUUUUGUAUACUCCAAACAUGACCUACGUAGAUGGAUAUGAUCCAUUUACAGGAGAGAAGAAAAUUCCUUUAAUUCCAGAUGAAAUGCUGAGGAUUUAUAGCAAAGGGUUUUAUGUGCUGUCAAACCUUAAAUCUGCUCAAUGCCAGACAGAUUUUGAAUAUAAGCCAGCUAAAAAGAAGAAAAAGAAAGGUGAUGGAAAUGAAAGCAUGAUAUCUGGAGAUGAAGGAAAUCAAUCAAUAAGGCAAGGCAAAAAAAAGAACACUAAUAUGUCACGAGAUUCCUCAAGCGAAAAAAAAGGCCAGGUUUCAUUUAUUAGCAAAGCAAAAGAUGCAAGCAUAUACAUGGAUUCUUCAUUUGAAAGAGAAAAAGAACGAGAAUUUAGCCAAGCGAGUGGAGUAGGGGUAAAAGAAAAUCCAUAUCAGCCUGAAAUAAUAAAAGAAGAUAAGCCAAAGGAGCCUGAACAAUUAAUAAAAAAGCCAAUAAUUCCUUUUGAAGUAAAACAAACUGAAGAAAAAAAAAUUUUUGAAACACAAUUAGAGCCUUCUGAUGAAAUAUUUUUGGCAAGGCCAAAAGAAGCUGAACCUUUACAAGAAGAAAGUAAAAUUGAAGAAAUAAAACAAGUUGAAGUCAAAUUAGAUUUAAAUUUAAUGCAGAAUGAAGAAAAAACCAAUGGAAACUUAAUGCCAAACUUGGAAGAUAGCGAAGAAGAAAAGCUGAAAUCAGAAUUAGCGAGCUUUACCAAUGUGCAAAAUGUGAAAGAGGAAAAUGAAGAAGAAAGUGAAGAAGAGUCCUCAAGUGAUGAAGAAGGAAGUGAAGAGGAGACUACCAAUUUUCAAACCACAAAGACUGGAGAAUUAAGGUCCUGGGAAAAAUAUGAAAAGAAGGCCACAAAGAAGCAAAGAUCAAGAGAUCAAUGUGCGCCCAUGGAUGGUUGCGAAAUGAUGUAA